AUGCGGCGGCGGAGGCUCGGCAUGACCCCCUCCCCCGGUCACCGGAUCGGCGGCAGCUGCUGCUGCUGCUCGCUCCUUUCUAUUUUCUCCCGCCGCCGCCGCCGCCGCAGCCCCAGUCUGAAUCCCAGCAGGAUGAAGUCGUCCACCGGCGGUGAGCGACCGGACGCCUCCGCCUCCGACCCAGACAGCGACUCCAGAGAGGAAGACGAGGAGGAAGAAGAAGAGGAGGAAGACUUCCUUCAAAAACGACGGCGGCGGAUCAGAACGGCCGACGUCGCCAGGCUCCCCGGGGUCAGCCGGCAGCGGCAGGCGGCCAACGCGCGCGAGCGCGACCGCACGCACAGCGUCAACACGGCGUUCGCGGCGCUGCGCACGCUCAUCCCCACCGAGCCGGCCGACCGCCGCCUGUCCAAGAUCGAGACGCUGCGCCUGGCGUCCAGCUACAUCGCCCACCUGGCCAACGUGCUGCUGCUGGGCGACGGCGGACAGCCCUGCCUCCGCUACCGCGGCGUCGUGCAGGCAACUGCCGCCGCAACGGCGCCGUUAAGGCCGAUCUGCACCUUCUGCCUCAGCAACCAGAGGAAGCUGCUCAGAGAUGGCGGGAAGCCCCCACCCUCGACCCUGUGA